GUUCGUUCGCGUUCUUGUUCGUGCUUGUCUUGCGCGACAUUGCUUGCUCUCGUGUCUCCUGAUGCCUGAGCUCCCGGAACUUCUUGCAACAGUGCAAAGCUGUCAUUACUCCAUAGAUCAUCUCGAGGAGAAAACUGGCCAAAAGAUCUGGGGCUCACCUCUGCAUCAGAUCUAUCAUGACCCUUCGUCAGAAGAGCGCCGCGCCUCGUCAAAAGCUAGCAGCCAUUUUGUCAAGGAGCUCACAGAGGAUCUAGCUCCUUCAAUCAUACGUGGAUCUGCUAAGGUCAAUCAAACACCUCUUUGGCCUCGUGUCCCUGAGACAUGUCCGACCUUGGACGACCUAGCCAAACCUCGGUCGGAACGGGAACCAUAUCAGUUUAUGCCGAGAGGGGAGUUGUCCAAGCUCACUUUGCAAGAUGUGACCGGCACUCCUCGCACUCUGAUUAUUAAUUUCGGUGUUAUGCUUGCACAGCUGCAGUUCUUGCUCCAUACCUCCCUUCAAGUCUACACAGCAAAUCAAUGGGUGAAUCUCAAGAAAACACCGCUUUCCGCCCGCAAGUUUUGCAUCACUGUUGCAUUCGUCUUCGAGCACGUCACCCUUGGUUUCCUUACACGUAGCCAUCUUUUUCAGGUUUACUGGGCAAAUCGCCUCUCGGAGCUCCCGAUUCGUCAUAUAUCAUUUGUUGAUGAUUAUGACACAUUUCUCCAGUGUGUUGUUGAUUGGAUCUGUCGCCGGCGGGGAGCCCACUGUCAGCGCUGGAAGGUGUUGGCCAUGAACGUAAUUCGAAACGCGUCAGAUAUUUUCGGAGGGAUCGGGAAGUAUCUGGUGCAGGAGCUAUUCUUUAUGGCUGGUCUUAGCCUAUCACUGACAGAAGCCGAGGUAUUCGAUAACCCUUCGCGGGUUGCUCGAUUUCUCAUGGCUUACCUCCAGAAGAUUAUCGAGAAUCCUUCUAUGUGGAAAAAAAUCGUUCAGCCUGCUAUGCAUGGGACUGUCAUGGCGCCCACAAUAAAGCAGCGUCUAUCCUAUGGUAAACUUCUUCGUAUCUGGGGCAAAAUGCAGGUCGCUGUACCAAUGCGUUUUGCAGGUCUCGCAGACGCAUACGAGAAAAAUCGCGAAUUCGAUGUCUUCGACUUUGACUAUAUCCGUGACGCGUUGAAGCAGCCUCAUCAUUUGGGCCACCUCAUCCUCUCACCACAUACUCAAGAAAGGCUCCCGGAAGUGUCGUCUUCUGCAGUGGACGAUCCACUUACUGCAUAUUUCAGACGCGAAGGUCUCAGCCUAGACGAUACCCAUCUCCAGGAGGACGCUUAUAUUCAGUUAUUCAAUCCUCGUUCUCAACUGCGAUCCCUAUCUCGCCGCACGACCUUCACCUACGACCAUUCCGAUGCCGGCUAUGUCUGGUCGGUUACCUCCAUCGACAACAGCACUGUCCAAUCCGGAACAUUCAGCGCUGUUUUGUGGCUCAAACGUCUUUCGCGUUCCUUCAAUUGGGCCGUUACUCAUUCAAUCGACGUCGCUGUGGGCCCAUUGGAAUUCUGUGGUAAUGCUAUAGUCCAGAAUUCCGAAAAUGGCCGCACCAAAUAUGUGCUUACCGGAUAUGGAGAUCCUAAUGCUCGUGUACCCGAUCGCUAUAAGAUCCGGGCAGUCGUUUCGAACCAGUGCAAACUACUUCGUACUCGAUCUGAGAUCAAACGCAAGCACGGAAUCCCGUCAGUCCUUCCACGGGAGCCCAAGGCGCGUGAGAAGACAAAGGCCUAUCUGGAGAAACUCAUGAAGCGCAACCGGGCAGAGGUAGACAAGGGUAUUAGGGAUAAGCUUGCUGUUAUUGCGCCGUCUCUUUCUCUUUCAUCUUCCUUCCACUCGUCCUCCACUACAUCGUCACGCCUGCCAUUGUCUACUGAGAUUGUUAACAGUCCCCCAAAGAAGGUUGUCCGCAAGCGCAAGUGCGCAGAUCUAUAUGUUCAGGAAGGGAGCAGCGAGAAUUUGGCGGUUUUGAAUGGUGGAGGAAAACGUAGAUGCGUCAGUCGUGGCUUAGAGUUAAAUACCAAGGUUCAUCCGGACGAUGCACAUCUCUUCUACUUCUAGCUCUCUUGAACUCUCUACUGUCUCUUUUUAUGUCUAUCUGUUAUCUGUUC